AUGCCAGAUUGAGAAAUAAAGCUUCCCAGCCGGCAAGACUGUCGUUUGUCUCGGGGAGCAUGCAGCAUCUUCAGGUCCAGUGCCCUACUAGCAAAGCUUCCUACAGAAGUUUGUUGAUAUGGCAUCACGUUUCUUCUGUAGAUUUUACAACAGGUGCAACUGCUGGGACUAAAAAUAAAUGAACAAACAAAUACAUCACGAAGCUUCCUGUGACUUGCUAAGGUUGAUAAAGCUGCUUGGUAGCACAGAUUUCUUAGAACCCAACGGCCGUUCUGUUUAUGUUAGAUACCUGUUGACAGAGCAAAGACGAAGAAUGAGAAGAGAUACCACCAAGGGGAGAAAUGUCUAAUCCACUUGCAUCCCUAUCAAACUCUCCACUGAGGGGUUUGGCACCAGCACCCCGCCCAGAGCACAGCCACUGCCCAAAUCCUUGCAGGCAGCUCAUCAAGGCAAUCGAAACUCCCGGUGAAGUCCCGGACCUGCAAGCCUGGGUGUCGGCGAGUCCGUCUGCCCGGCCAUCUGCUGGUGGCACCUCUCCCUCCAGGCCCCUCCUGUGCGAGCCCCACCUUGCAGGAGCGCGGCUCCCCUGCUCAGCCCAGGAACUCAGCAUGCGUCCCCAGGACCUCGGGAACUUGGUGCUGCUGGCGUCCUCCCUUCUCUUUGCUGGGCUGUCAGCUGUUCCUCCAAGUUUCUCGCCAUCUCUGAGGAGCUGGUCGGGCGCCACCUGCAGGCUGUCGCGGGCCGAGUCGGAGCGCCGGUGCCGCGCGCCAGAGCAGCCGCCAGGGGGCGCGCUGUGCCACGGCCGGGGCCGGUGCGACUGCGGCGUGUGCAUCUGCCACGUGACCGAGCCGGGCACGUACUUCGGGCCCCUGUGCGAGUGUCAGGACUGGGUGUGCGAGACCUACGACGGCAGCACCUGUGCAGGCCACGGGAAGUGUGACUGUGGCAAGUGCAAAUGUGAUGAGGGAUGGUCUGGAGACGCUUGCCAAUACCCAACUAACUGUGACCUGACAAAGAAGAAAAGUAACCAGAUGUGUAAGAAUUCUCAAGAUGUCAUCUGCUCUAAUGCAGGUACAUGUCACUGCGGCAGGUGUCAGUGUGAUAAUUCAGAUGGAAAAGGACUCGUUUAUGGUAAAUUUUGUGAGUGUGAUGAUAGAGAAUGCAUAGAUGAUGAAACAGAAGAAAUAUGCGGAGGCCACGGGAAGUGUUACUGUGGAAACUGUUACUGCGAGGCUGGUUGGCAUGGAGAUAAAUGCGAAUUCCAGUGCGAUAUCACCCCCUGGGAAAGCAAGCGAGGCUGCACAGCUCCAGAUGGCCAGAUCUGCAGUAACAGAGGGACUUGUAUAUGUGGUGAAUGUUCUUGCCAUGAUGUUGAUCCAACUGGGGACUGGGGAGACAUUCACGGGGACACCUGUGAAUGUGACGAAAGGGACUGUAGAGAUGUCUAUGACCGAUAUUCUGAUGAUUUCUGUUCAGGUCAUGGACAGUGUAACUGUGGAAGAUGUGACUGCAGAGAAGGCUGGUAUGGGAAGAAGUGUGAACACCCACGGUCCUGCCCGCUGCCGGCCGAGGACAGCCUCAAGAAGUGUCAGGGAGGCUCUGAUCUGCCUUGCUCGGGACGGGGUAAAUGCGAAUGUGGGAAAUGCACCUGCUACCCUCCAGGAGACCGCAGGGUGUACGGCAAGACCUGUGAGUGUGACGACCGCCGCUGUGAGGACCUGGAGGGCGUGGUCUGCGGAGGCCACGGCACGUGUUCUUGUGGUCGCUGCAUUUGCGAGAGCGGGUGGUUUGGGAAGCUCUGCCAGCAUCCGCGGAAGUGUGACAUGACGGAAGAACAAAGCAGGAGUCUGUGUGAAUCAGCAGAUGGCAUAUUGUGCUCGGGGAAGGGUUCUUGUCAUUGUGGAAAGUGCAUUUGUUCUGCUGAAGAAUGGUACACAUCGGGGGAAUUCUGCGAAUGUGAUGACCGAGACUGCGACAGACACGAUGGUCUCAUUUGUACAGGGAAUGGAAUAUGUAGCUGUGGAAACUGUGAAUGCUGGGGAGGAUGGAAUGGCAACGCAUGUGAAAUCUGGCUCGGCACAGAAUAUCCUUAACAAUCACAUGGGAGAGGACCGGGUUCUCCUUUUUCUAGGCCAUUAGAACAUAUAAAAAUGCAAAGGAAACCAUGUAUAAUCACCACUAGGACAGGUUAAACUGACCAUUGUCUGUUUUUCUCUUUCUGGAUGCCUGAAUGAACUUUGGGUACUCGUUACACACAAGUGAAGCAAAUGCUGAUGUAAAUAACACUAAAAGUCCUUUCCUUCCAUGACUAACGUGAGUGGUUCUCAGCAAAGCAAUUUUGUCACCCAAAACACAAUUGCCCUCAUCUACAAUUCAUUGUCACACUGGGUGGUGUGGGCAGGUGCAGACUCCAGUGGGCGAGGCCAGGGGUGCUGAAUGGGACACCUGUGUGAUAAAGGACUGUGUGAUUCCAAAUGUCAGUAGUGCUGGGGGUGAGAGGCAGAGGCUGCAGUGCACGGCUGAUAGAAAUCCACAGUCCUACACAAGAGAGACUAGGUUAGAAUCUAAGGAAAACAGAUCUUCAUAUAAGUCAGUCAAUGAGAUUUUUCUAGAAUAUUCUUUUAUGCUCAUUUCCAUGUGGGAACGGUGAAGAUAAACACACAAAAGAAAUAUUCUUUUAUGCUCAUUUCCAUGUGGGAACGGUGAAGAUAAACACACAAAAGAUAUAAUAAUGUUGGGGGGUAGAUCAAGGGAAAAGACUGGUCAUUUUUUAGCCAUAAAGUCAUGUGUCUAAUCUCACUUUAAACUCACAAAAGAAGAUUAUCUUAAGAUAAAGGAAGAUAUGAAAAAUGUACAAUUUAACAUUUUUAAUAAAUAGUCACAGAAGAUAUUUAUAUUUUGUGUCAAUAUGUAUUUACCUACUGAUAAUUAACCCAAGAAAACAAUUCCUAUUCAGGGAUGUGCUUUUUCAGGUUCCUAGAACCGAGGGAUCAUAUUUUGAAGACUGAGCAGAAGUUACCUAUGCAAGAAAUCUUAUUUUUAUUGUUGAUUUUUAAAGCAUUAUACCUAGUUGGAUAACUGAUGGGCCUGAAAUAUGCAUUCAUUUUGCUUAAAAGACUUUUCUUUUUUCUAAGGAGACCUUACUGGAAAAGUGGUGUCAUGAAAACAAGUCACGAAAGAGAUUCUGUGAUAAAAUGGCACCAAUCUAAAAAAAAAAAAAAAAAAAAAUCCAGUAAAGGCUUAAAUAGAAAUUUCAACUAUUCACUCAAGAUAGGAACAAAAUGUUUAUUUUUUUGUGGUGAAACUUUGUUCUGUAUGAAAUUCACAUUGAACUAUGAAAAUGUUCAAUUGGGACGUCCCUGACAUAUCACAGGUAAAUCUACUUAAACACAUUAGUUUAGAUAACCUUUAAGUAUUUAGAGCUUGAAAAAAAAAACACUUUUUUCCUAAAUGUGAAUUAUUUUGUAAAAUCCUAGAAUAAUGUAGCAAAAUUAUUUCCAUAUUGUUUAAAGACGAAAAUUUUUACUUGGAAAUUUUAUUUAAUGAUGUCAAUAUCCUACAGUUAAUGCUUGGACUUUUCGAGUCAAAUCACCAAAAAUAAAUGUGCCGAGUUACUUAAAAACGUAAUAUGGAAAAUUGUUUUAAGAGAAAAUUGAACUGGUGCUGAUUUUUAUAGUACUAAUAAUGUUCUCAUAACUUAAUAGAAUUAUAAAAUUGUUAUCUCUAUCCUGAGAUAAUAACUAUCUUUGUUAGUAUGUAAAUUGAUCUAUCAGUUUUGUAACAUGAGGGAGAUAUAAGUAGCCAAAAAAUAACAUAGAAAUAACAUAUAUUAUUUCCUCUUCUCUCUCUAAACAUUUUAAGCCUCAGAAAAAACGAUUGUAAUUGUUCAGCAGCAAUUUUGAUGACCUUUUUGAUGAUGUUCAGACAUUGAAUUCAUUGGAACAUCUAGCCAGCAUAAUACAAAGGACAUCGUAUUUCUAUAAAGGAUCAGAUAGUAAAUAUGUUAGACCUUGUGGGCCACAUAUGCCUCUGUCUCUCAUUCUUUUUCCUUUGUGUUUAAUACUUCAAAACUGGGGAAUAAAAUAAAAAUUCAUUCUGAGCUCUCAGCUAUACCAACCAUACUCAGGCCUGGCUUUAGCUUGUGGCUGAGCGGGAGUUUGCCACCCUGGCUCCACUGGAAUUCCCUGAUUUCCCAUAGCUCAUGACAACCUCAGCUGUGUCUUACUUUUCUUAAAAGACUCUAUAUGUUGUUACCUAGUUUAAGCUACAUAACAACUACAGCAAACAUGCUGCUCUUUUUCUAAAUCGUUAUAUUUCCAUAGAAGUUUCAAAAAUGUCCUUGACGUCUAUUUCUUUCUAGAAAAAAAACAAGUUUAAAUACUAGAGCAGUGAUCAUACCAUGAAAUUAAAAAUGUAAUUUGUCUAAAUUUUUGGACAAAGAUGAAAAUAUUCACUUAGUUACAAAUUAUAGAAUCAAAACUGAAUUGUAGACUAAGUCACGUAGCAACUAAACUCUAAGCAACGCUUUUUCUUUGAAAACAGAAAUGUUUACUUCCCAUCUGCUGUAAUUGUGUGUGUGUGUGUGAUUUUCACUGUAGCAACAGAGAGAUCAAUACACUAUUAAGAUGUGAUUGAAUUUAUACUUUUUAGAUUAAAAAAUAAACAGGUAAGUUACACACAAAGACAUAAAUUCUAGCCUUCUUAAACAUGAUUUUGUACAUCAACCUUGCACUCUAACGUAGAAACGCUCUCUACAUACAAACAGAGCAAGAGAAAACUCUUGGAAGACAUAAGCAAAUCUCAUGGGUUCAUUCAUUAAACCCAUGCAGUGGGUUUAAUGUCAAUUGGAAGGGAUACAUCAAGUUUACAGAUAGUGUCAACACUAACCCUGCUUGUUUGGGAAACCUUCUGAGGGAUUCCUCACAAAGGAAUUUUCCAAAAAAAGUCAACCAGUGUCCUGAGACAUAGGAGGAGAAUCAUUAUUCCCACUACUUUUCUGGGUUCCUUGAGCUCAUCUGGAUCCCAGCAGCUCAUUGGAAGGAAUGGCCUUUAUCAUCUCAAAUGCAAAUGCAAAUACUAUCUGUGCCAGUACACUUCAGAAUUCGAGUGAAAACCAAGGUGGGGUGGGAAACAUGUAACCUAGCCUUAGUUUGCAGAGUCAACCAUCAAAACUUUGAAAGCCCUUGGUAUUCAAGAAAACCACCAGGCCCAAAAGCUCAGCUAUGAAAUGUAUUUUACUUCAAAACAAUGCAAUUUAUAACAUAUUAUGGAUUUUGAUACACCCACAUUUAAAAAAAUAAUUGGGAAUUUUGCUCAACUUUUUUCCCUGAUACAGACUCUUUCUGAAAUAAAAUUGAAAAUUAUCUUUAAUUCUAUUCAUUGUCUUCUAAAUUGGAUCAUAGUCAAUCUGGUUUCUUAUUGGAGAAGUAUCAAAUAUUAGUUAACCCUACAAUAUUAGGGGAUGGUAGGGGAACCACAACUAUGGAGCACAUUGCAAGUACAAGUUGGAUCUAUCAUGUGUAGAACACAAAUGUCCUAAUGCUGUAAUUGAGUAAACAAAGUGAAAGCAAUGUUGAUUAGUAUGAUGUAAGCACUCCAAUUUGUACAAAUAAUCAACACACUGAAAAUGGCAAAAAUAAUAAUAAUAAUAUUAGGGACAAAAUUAUAAAUGAAGUGUUUCAUUUGUUUGUUUUUUAAGGAGAACCAAUUGCAAUAUUGAUCAUCCUGAAAAGCCAACUGUUUUAGUACUUUACAUGUCAUGUGAAUUAAGCAAGUGGCCAGGUAUGAUAAAGAAACUCUGUUUACUCUCCUAGAGGCAAACAGUUAGACUGGAACAGGAGGCAGCUCCACAUUUUCAGUGAAAUACUGCUCAGUUCCAAUUUGCUCUUUAUAUAGGGUGGACAAUUUGCAUGUCUUCUAUAAUUUUUCCAAGUAAAGUGGUAGCAAAAUACUUUAGAAAGUAAACUUAAUAGAAAACAAAAAUGAUGUCAGUUGAAAUAUCAAAAUAAUGAACAUUUCUGAGCAUUGUUGAAGGACUGGCUAAGCCAUCAGCUACCGCAACAAGUCAGUAGAAACAUCCCUCCCAUACCAGACAUGCAUGUGCUGGGGAGUGCUGGGGAGACCCGAUACAGUGGACAUGUGCAAACACACAGUCUAUAAAUACAAAUGAAUUCCAUCAGCUUUACUAUACAGAACAUCAAUACUGACAGAGUGCACUUACUGAAUAACAGCAAACUUAAUUUCUCAGGGGAAAAAAAGUGGUGAAGUCUUAUCCCGGAAGAAUAGCAAGAGAGGUAUCAUCAAAGAACUAAAAUUUUCUUUGGCAUGGUAAAGAGGGAACUGGAGAUUACCGACUUAUUUACAUGACAUUUUUCUAUAGGGUGGGUGAUGCGAUGCCAUUUUGUUACAUAAAAUUGUUUGAUGUUUUCUUUAAUACGCCUUCAUAUGAAUAUUUUAUUCAAUAAGUUGUAUUUGUAAAUACAACAAAUGAUAUUAAACACAGAAACUGUACAAUGCAGACAAACUCUUUGUAUGCAAAUUGAGGAAUACAGACCAACAGUUCUCGGUACACAGACCUACUACAUGCAGUUCGUCGGUGCUGCCCUCUUCCCAUGCAACAG